AUGGGCGUCAUGCGUAUGCCUCGCCCAACGGGCAUCUACGUGCCUGCUUCUCCCAUCCGCCUCACACCCGAAAUGAUCUCCCCACCUCUAUCCCCCGAUUUCAACUUCGACUCCGAGGCCGUCCUCCCUACAAUUUUCCCCGCCCUUGAAUACAUCUCUACCAAGAUCCAACAAAGAAUGAUGCACGUCACCCUCCUCGUCGGCCGUGGCAAACCAUUCCCAACCGGCCAAGCAUCCGAUCUCCUCGUUAUCCCCAUCACAAAGCUCGACCAUGCAUCCACUCGCGUCCUCGAGCGCGCAAUCGCCAAGGGUGCUCGCAAAUUCUCCCUCGGCACCAGCUGGAGCGAAGCUUUAGACCGCAGUCAGCACGAGCGCCUCGCAAACGAAUACCUCGUCCAACAAUCCAUUCUACAAAAUGAGGUUCUCUUCAGCCAAGAGGGCCUGACCCUCCUAAACCUUGACCGCAUCUACACAUUCAAACGCCGUCUCUGCGUUCUCUCCACAAGGCCGAACCCUCGCCCAGAGGACAAGGCCAUGACCUCCGCCGUGGCCCUCCUUCACCGUCUCAUGGCCGAUUUCCAAAGCCGGUCGUUUAGCAAGGCCUUCUUUCACCGUGUCUACGAGCAACUUGAUGUCCGCGAUGAGCUUUUAACUGCCAUCGCGUCUGCGUACAAGAACACACAUAAGACCGACGCGAUUAUCUUGCCGACGCGAUUCACGGCGGAAAACUCGAAAAGUUCGCCCAUUCGCUUGGUGCGCGUGCGUAAGAAUCCGCCGCCGACGAAAACCAAGUCGAGUUUCUAUACUAAGCGUGGACCGAAGACACCUUUGUCGGCUUCGGAUGUCACGCCUAUUACGAGGAAUGAGUGGAAUAUGUUGGUUGGGCAGGAUAUUCAUGAACUUCAGCCUACUGUGACUAAGUGGAUCCCUUCUGCUACUGUCUAUGUCGGGGCUUGA